AUGACCCUCUAUGAUGACCAAACCCUGCUUCGGGUGCAUCAAGUCUUUCCACUCGUUGUUUCUUCCUUCUGUCGUAGGCUACGACCCCCCUCGUAUGUCGGUCGUGUGGAAAGAUCUUUGCGCGGAUACCUUCGCGAGAAACCAGCAGACGAGGUGCACGUUGCCAUUCUGUGCCUUGGCGGUUUGCGUCAAGUUGAGAGACUUUGGGAGAUCAAGGGCUACAAUAGCCGCAGGGGGGCGGUCGAUAGUUGGUACAACGACAUAACUACGCCCCCACCUGAGCCCACGUCAAAGCCGCGUCGAGGCCUCAGGGCUUUGGGGCGGAAAAAGUCGAACGCAUGUGUGAAGGAUGCACCUAGGUCUUCAAUAGAAGGGCGAGACGCCCGACGGGGCUCAGGCGGCUCCUUUGAAGACGCAUCGCUUUCCACGCUGGAGUCGGGCCUUGUCUUCAACACAAGCCUCUCUGCCGGCAUGCCUAUGGAGAUGCUCGCUCACGAUAAUGUGCGACGUCUGCUCCCGGAUCUCCCGAAUUUGCAGCAAAUUUGGUUGACAACAGCAGAGGCUUUGAUCUUGGACCGCAAUAUCGUAGACCGGCCGCAAGACAUCAAGCGCAAUGCUCAAGUCAUGUUGGAUUUGAUCAAGGAUGACGGCAUCGAGGAAGAAGAUGAGUGGUGGUAUGAAAACGCGGCAGGCCACUAG